UCCAACAAAUAAUUCAUCUGACAGGCUGGACAUUAAUUAUAGCAAUUAGCAGCCUGCGCCUAUAAAAUUCCAACAAUUUUUCUGUGCUUUGUCCUUUGUUUAAUUUAAAAAUUAAUAACAAUCCAAUCUUUCCCAGGAACCUUUAAUGGCUUCAAAGCGAAUCUUGAAGGAGCUUAAGGAUCUUCAGAAGGAUCCUCCUACCUCCUGCAGCGCUGGUCCUGUUGCUGAGGACAUGUUUCACUGGCAAGCUACAAUCAUGGGCCCUCCAGAUAGUCCUUACACCGGUGGUGUUUUUCUAGUGACUAUCCAUUUUCCUCCGGAUUACCCGUUCAAGCCGCCUAAGGUUGCUUUUAGAACAAAAGUUUUCCACCCGAAUAUAAACAGCAACGGAAGCAUAUGCCUUGACAUUUUGAAGGAGCAGUGGAGCCCCGCCUUAACUAUUUCCAAGGUGCUGCUUUCAAUUUGUUCUUUGCUGACGGACCCAAACCCUGACGACCCUUUGGUGCCCGAGAUUGCUCACAUGUACAAGAUAGACAGGAGCAAGUACGAGACCACUGCUAGGAGCUGGACUCAGAAGUACGCCAUGGGUUAGCCGUGUUUUGGUUUGUACAAGGGACAACUUUUUUUUCUUCCAAAGUUUGUAUGAAUUCAUUUGUCUGUCAUUUAAGUCCUUGGACUAAACAGAUGUCCAAACUUUGCCUUGGGGAAAUGGAAAAUUGCCUGGUAAUCGGUUUGGACAUGCUGAUAGUAUUUGCUUCGCAAUUGGUAUUAGAGACAAUCUUGAUACUACAAAAAAUUUCAAUUUUGCCAGCCAAAGUUUUUGUCU